AUGACUGGUAAAACCCAAACCAGCAACGUGACCAACAAGAAUGACCCGCGCUCCCUCAAUUCUAGAGUCUUCAUCGGAAACCUCAACACGGCCAUCGUCAAGAAGAGCGACAUCGAGGUCAUUUUCGCCAAGUACGGCAAGAUCGUGGGCUGUUCCGUGCACAAGGGCUACGCAUUUGUCCAGUACAUGAACGAGAGGAACGCAAGAGCAGCAGUGGCAGGCGAGAAUGCAAGGAUAAUCGCCGGGCAACCUCUUGAGGAGAUGAUUGAUGAUGGCCCUGUUCCUGAGUCGGUAUCCAUAGCCGGUGUUGUUGAUGAUUUACCUGAGGGGUUUCAGACCUAUGCAGCCGCAAUGAUGCCUGACCUGAGCUUCCAUGUUGUGGAGAGACAGGUUAUUGUUGAUAGCUGGAUGGGACUGUACCCUUUGGGGGAUCCUUCUGGAUCAGGAUUGUACGCCCUUUGGCUGUUUGACUACCACGGCAGAGUUGCCCCUCCCCCUCGGGCGGUCAUCCCUCUGAAGCGCUCCCGGGUGCUGGCUCCAUCAUCCCGUCGUGGAAAGACCUCCUUUCCCCUCAAGACCUCCUCCUCUUCCUCCUCCUCUUCAUCCAGACCUCCUACAUCGUCCUCAUCUGGUCUCAAACUGAAGUCGGACCAGCUGCAGACCAUCAAACGUGAGCUGACUCAGAUCAAGACCAGGAUCGACUCUCUGCUGGGUCGUCUGGAGAGGAUCGAGAAGCAGCAGCGUGCAGACAGCACCGAAGCUCAGAGGAAGUACGAGGACAACUGCGACUCCCUGCACGAGGAGUCCGUGUCCGAGGCAGCGGAUAACUCCGGGGAUGAGGGAGGAGAGGUGGUCCUGGGGGCGGAGGCCGGAGAGAUGAGCGAUGGAGGGGUCGAUGACUAUGAUGAAGAGGGCUCCCACCAUCUGAUAGAGAACCACGUAUCGGACAUUGACAACUGAAAUCAGGGCAAUGGAGAAGACAUUGAGCGUGGGUCGAUCUAAGUCAUCAUCACCUUCAAGAAGCGAGAGGAAGAGGAGGGACUGAAAAAUGUACUUAAAGGUUUCUGAAUCACACUGAGAGCCCAGUUGUGCAGCGCAAACCCACCUGAGUCAUUCGGACAGUUUGGAAAUUGGACUUCCAUUUUAAUGCAUUGUUGGCCUAAGGUUUGCUUUAUUUUCUGUGAACCAUUAGCUGUAGUCAUGUUUCUGCAAAAAGCACAAUGAGAGAGAAGUGGAUGUAAUGACCCCGACUGGACAUCACCAAAAUGGUUGAGGUUUUUAAAAGAAAAGCAUUUAUUUUGCAGGGAUGAUGUGGAAGUGGCUGCAGUGAGGUUCACAAAGGGAUCAAGGUCAAGCUUUUGCCAUUAUUUUUUCUGAAAUUUUUAGAAAGUUUAAACAGGGCAUGGAUUUGCAGGUUAUGAAAAGGUAAAUUGAAAUAGUUAUAUAAAAUAGCAGUUACAAAAUUUUUAGUCAACAACAAAAUCGAAAAACUUAAUAUGAACCAUUUCUAUUAAAUAUGCACUACAUAACUUUUCUGUUGGUGAGUUCACCUCCUUUUUGUUUCCAUGGAGAUGUUAUUGCUUUGCCAAGGUACAGCCAAGCCAAGGUACAGGUCAGAUCUGUGGUGAGGAGACUUCACACAAGG